AUGGCACUUGAAAUCUCAAAUUGUUGUUUCUUCAUGAGUGCACCCACAACUCCAAGUGGAUUCAACCUAGACGAUAAUAUGUGUUUCUACAGUGCACCAACCAGCCUUACCAAAGGGACCUCCAUUGCUACAUAUGAUCUUGAAUCCAUGCCCACCACACCAAAAACAUAUGAAGAUGCAAAUUCCAAUCUUGAUGACUUUGAAUUCGAAACUAGUCGGCGUUUCAACAUCGGUGAUAUUGAUUCGGGAGGUAGUAUGAGAUAUGAAGAUGCGAUGGAAGAGCAACAAAAGCACCAACACAAGGAAUCACUUCCUGCCAUGGCAUUUGCGGAUGAAUUAUUUUGUGAUGGUAAGGUGAUACCACUAAAGCCUCCACCGUGUCACAAUCACAGCUCAACUCCGACAUCCCCUGAGUCCCAAAUGGCGAAAAUUAAAAUCUCAUUUCCACGACGGAAUGUGUGGAACGAUGAUUUUGAUCCAUUCAUGGUAGCUUUAAAGACCGUCAAGGGAGAAAGAAAGGGAAAAUGGCAGAAAAUCGACCAUACUCGGGCCCGGUCCAUGUCGCCUAUACGAUCCAGAAGUGAAUUGAUGGACUGCAUGCAUAAGCAGUGCAAGAAAUUGGAUCCUAUCAGGCAGGAUCUGAAUAAUCAACUGGAGCUCAAUGGGUUGCCCACACGCAUAUGGAUUCCAAAUGUAACAAAUGCUAGUCCAAAAAGGCUAGCUGAGUCCAAAGGAGUUCUGUUUGCAAGAAAAGCUAGAUUGAUGAAAAUGGACCCAGAGUGGCCACGAAAGCCCGAUAAGACAACUCUUCAAGGGUCCAUGCUAAAGGCUGGAAAGAAUGCCAAAGAAAAGGGACAGCCUAGUGAGAGAAAAAGCAAGAGGCAGAGUAUGAAAAACUUUCUGUAUAGGAGUUUAUCUACGAGGAGAAAUGAUGAGCAUAGAAAGCAAACAGAACAGACUGUUGAAGUUUCAAAGCCAGAAACUAAGAGGAAGUUAAGCUUUAAGUCCAUGGGGUUAGUUGCCCGCAAUGGGGAGAAAGGAGGGUCUCAGAUAACCAAGGUAACACAGACACGUUAUAAGCCAAAGCUGUCUCUGUGCAUGGGCAACGGAGCAAAAUAUGUUGAAUGA